AUGAAAACGUGUCCAUGCUCCACAUGUCUAUAUCCCUUUCCGGGUUCGUGGGUCCAUCAUGUUUGGUUCAUCCUGCGCGAUCAGUCUACCAUGCUCGAGGCUGCACGGCACGAGCUCUGCGGCGGGAAUUUGGACUUCGUCGCCGGCGUCACCAGCACCAGUUUGGUGGCCGCCUUCAGUCCCGGGGCCAAUUACCACGAGGCGGUAUCGGACACGGAGUUCCUGAACGCCCAGAACGAGUACCGCGCGUUCCGGGGUCUGAUUGAAAAUGACAACGAUGCGAUGACGACCGUGUCCGAACGUUUCAAGCAUAGCCGGCAGACGGCGGACGGCUUCUAA